UAAUAUCUUCUCCCCCACUCUCUCUCUUAACCUUUUGGCUUCGCUAUUUCUCUGCCAGUCAAGUGUUUUCCAUAGAAAAUCGUUUUUCGCCGAAUUCGAAACGAAAAGAAAAGAAAAGCUUUGGGAGAAAUUUGCUGCAUCGAGCUUGCAAAUGGAGGUCUGGUUCUUGUCAGUGAAGCUCUGAAGUGUGGUUGAUAUAGGCUGGUCCAAUGAACAAUAAUGUUGGGAAAGGGAAAAGAGGUUUGGCAGAACAUAAAUAUGAUUUUUGACAAAAAGAGCCUCAAUUGUGGAGUAGCCAAUGGAGGGGUAAGUUCUGGAUCAUUAACAGAAGGUGACCCAAGAUUUAAUACGCUGUGUCAAGAUGGAAACAAUGGAUUGAGGGGUCUGAUUCAAAUCAAUGGGAUCUUGCAGGUUUCACAGCAACCACCUCAAGGGCCAGUCAUUUGCUGGGAUAGAUUUCUCCCUGUGAGAUCAAUAAAAGUUUUGCUGGUGGAAGAUGAUGAUUCCACACGCCAUGUUGUGCGUGCUCUUUUAUGCAAUUGUAGUUACGAAGUUACUGCUGUUUCCAAUGGUCUUCAAGCCUGGAAAGUCCUAGAAAAUCCAGAAAAUUGCAUUGGUCUUGUCUUAACAGAGGUAGCUAUGCCAAUUUUGUCUGGAAUAGGUCUUUUGUGCAAGAUCAUGAACCACAAAACACUGAAGAAUAUCCCUGUGAUUAUGAUGUCGUCUCAUGAUUCUAUGGGUAUCGUCUUUAAGUGUUUGUCAAAAGGUGCUGUUGACUUUUUAGUGAAACCUAUUCGGAGGAAUGAACUUAAAAAUCUUUGGCAGCAUGUCUGGAGAAGAUGCCACAGUUCUAGCGGCAGUGGGAGUGAAAGUGCGACCAACUUCAGAAAAUCUACAAAGUCAAGAAGUAAUGAUGCUUCUGAAAACAAUAGUGACAGCAAUGAGGAGAAUGACUAUGGAAGCAAAGGCUUGAGCAUUCGAGAUGGAAGUGACAAUGGAAGUGGCACUCAGAGUUCGUGGACUAAAUGUCUGGCUCAAGUUGGCAGUCCUCAUCCACUUUCACCACGUAAACAAUUGGUUGAUCCCCCUGAUAGCACUUGUGCCCGAGUGAUGCAAACGAAGACUGAAAAAGUUAGUAGUAGAUGGGUGCAUGCAACAGAAAAGGAGUGCCUUGAACUUAUUGAUCAUCUUGAUGAUGUUGCAAUGGGCAAGGACUUGGCUGUGGGAAUAUCUUUGAGUACGCAACUAGAGCAUCGACUUGAGGGACUGUCUAGCCAUCCAAUGGGUAAAGGGGCAAAUAAAAUGUCUGAUGAUGAUGAUAUGCAGAUAGUUAAAGGACAGAGUAAUAAUGCCUGUGAAAAAGGAGAAAUGGAAUGCAAUGGUGGUAAAACCAGGACACAGGAAAAUCAUACUAUGAAUGUUAUUGAUGUUACUGAUAGCAACAGUCCACAGACUGAAAGCAGAGACUUGAACACUCCAAAUGGGUUCUCUGGUUUCUCACUAACGAAAGAAAACUCUUGCCCCAAAGAGCAUCCAUCCCUGGAACUAACUUUGAAAAGGCUGGGAGAAGUAAGAGAUCCUAAAAAUGUCACGGGUGAAGAAUGCAAUGUUUUGAGACAUUCAGACCAAUCAGCAUUCUCAAAAUAUAAUACUGCUUCUUCUGCUAACCAGGCUCAAACAGGAAAUGUAGGAAGCUGUUCUCCACUGGCCAAUGGCUCAGCUGCACCUAAUGCAGAGGUAAUACAUUUUCCAUCUCACUCAAAUGUCACUCCUCCAAACCAGCAAUCUAAUGGGAGCAACAACAUCAAUGACAUGGCCUCCAUUAAUACAUAUCUUGGCACCAAACCUUGUAAUUUUGACAAGAUGCCAGAGUCUGUAGGAGGUUUGGGCUCAUUUAAUUCCUCUGAACUCCGAGCAUUACGGAACAAUAGUAUCUCUUCGUCUCAGAAGAAAACUUAUGCCCGGGAAGAAUAUAUGGAAAUUGUUAGAGGACAAGUGGGAAGCUCUGAACAUGAAUUCAAAGCCGAGCACACUCAUUAUGAGCUUCACCAUUAUAAUCACAUUUCCCGUAAAGCGGCUGUAGAUCUACAAUCAGAUCAUGAUCUCUUACUCAAAAGACCAACCAACACUGCUCAGCAAUGUGUAUCAUCAAAUGCGUUUGGAGGGCCAGCAGAAAGUAAUGCUGCAAACUACACAAUAGAUGGAAAUGCUGGGGAGAGUGAUCACGGGAGCAAUGGACAUGGGAGCAAUGGACAGGACGGAACCAUGACAAUGAGGACAGUAAAUGUGGAAAAUGGCAAUGUGGCUCUUGGGAGCAUUGGAAUUGGUGGCAUUGAUAGGAAAAACAUUGGGAAUGGGGCAGAUGAAGGACGACUUUCAUUGAGAGAGGCUGCUUUAACCAAGUUUCGUCAAAAGAGAAAAGAAAGAUGCUUUGAGAAAAGGGUUCGAUAUCAUAGCAGGAAAAAAUUAGCAGAACAGCGACCUCGUAUUAGGGGACAAUUUGUUAGACGAACAGUGUCUGAAGCCAAAGAAGAAAAAGAUCACCAAAGUGACAACCUGGUACCUGGGGAUAAUACCGACAUUCCUCAAUGACACCAGCGAAAUGCUGGCCAUUAUUUGACUGAUUAUAUUCCAGUAGCGACCUCCAGCUUCUUGCUGUCAGACUAGUCCUUCACACAAUCACCUAGGAAGGAGCUCGGAAGUUUGUGUAGUGGGAACCUGUGAUUAGGUAGUUUACCUUUACCUCUGUUGUUUUGAAGAACAGAUAUUUAAUUUGAACCUUCAGGACAACUUUCUAUGAUCUGAUGAUAUUGGUUGUAUGAACUUCAAAACUCCAAAUGGACCCAUGGAAGUGGUUACCUUUGGAUAGGUUAACCUCUGAUGAAUAAAAUUUAUCAUGUUAGCUUUUA